AUGCUUAGGGUUAAGUUCCAGAGGCCUGCACCACUCCGCUGUUUGACAAGACAAAGUGCUUUCCAGCUGCCGAACACCAUUUCCACUACCAAAGAGCUCAUUGGUCCGUACUCUGAGGCCGAGUCUAUGGUAAUGGUCACGGGACGACAGCCUCGGAUUGGACCCCCGCGAACCGUGUUGAGUGACGUUGAACGCAAUCUAUUCGAAACAGUAGUUGAUUCCCUCAUUCACACCGAAGCGUGCGUUUGGUCCGCAAAGCUCAUGGUAACCGGAAUCGAUAUGGAUAGGUUCAUCUCUUGUCUCGAAGGCAAGUCUAUCGUAGGGAGAGUCCAUAUUAGUCCAUUGAAAACGAUUAAAAGCAUAACAGAGGAGGCUUCGCAAACGGUCGACGCUGACGCGGCCGAGGGGCAUAGCUGUCAAGAUAUAUCGAGUAGGUAG